UUUUGAAAAAAAAAAAACUUUGGAUUACAUAAACGCGCGUUCUAGCGCGAUAAUGAUGGUGUAAUACAGUGUGCAGUGUGUACAUUCGAUUUGCGUGGAAAACAUAACAUUAUAAUGAAUGUAGGUAGCAUAAAUAAAAAGAAAAAAAAUCGGUCACGUGAGAAAAAAAGAAAUGAAAAGGCGCCCCAUUAAUGAAAAUUGACGGAAGUGAUGUGGUGACGGGGUGGGGGUAGAACGCGCGCGUACGCGAUAAUAUAUAUUUAAAUUUUGGCGGUACCUGUAUAAUGUUUAUAUUACAUAAAUGUGCAUAUAGAUUGGUAAAAUUUGUUUUACUUUUCGUCUUUUCACACGAACACUGCCAGUACUCCGACGUCGUCGUUCUUACUCUUCCCCUCUCCAUCCCCACAGCUGUCGAAUCGUCGACGCGCUACGCCGCUACCGCCAAGUUUUAAAACGAAACGUCCGCGUUACCAUGUGACACAUUUGCACGCGCGCGUCUAGCCGUCGUCGUCGUCGUCAGUACCAGUUACAGGUUUGCGUGCACAUAUCUACGGAAUCGCACACACACACACACACACGCAUACGCGACGUACGUAUACUUACAAGCGAUAUUUACAGAGUGCGUGGCGCACCGUUUCGGGUGCUCUCGUCAACAUCGAGUCCUUUCGACCGCUGCCGUCCUGUACACACCGCAACGCAAUCGCGGUAAAUAUAGACAUUAGACGCGGUCACGCGGACCACGCGACAACGACGAGCGGAAAAUUUGCAUUUUGCAGUACCCGCGGCAAACGCACAUUACUCGCCAACUAGAACCCGCUGCUGACCGAUCGACGUACACGCCAAGUGCACGGCCCAUUAUGGACGCUUGCUUUAGCGCCUUCGAUAAGGACGGCGAUGGUUAUUUAAACAUUGAAGAGUUCGAUGGCAUCUGCAAAGGACUCUUUCGUAAUGACCGCGGAAUUGUGUAUAGUCUCGAUGUCCACACCCUCAAACAUAUAUUUAAUAUAUUCGAUACGAAAAAGGACGGAUUGAUCGAUCGGCAAGAAUUCACAAUGUGUUGGAACAAGUGGAUCAAGACUAUUAUAAGACCCGUCAACAUAUUCCUUAUCAUCGACGUCCAAAACGAUUUCAUAUCCGGUUCGUUGAACAUCAGCAACUGUUCUGCACAACAGAAUGGAUUGGAAGUUAUCGAGCCUAUAAACCAUCUAUUGGACACUGUGAAUUUCGAUUCUGUAUUUUAUUCAUUUGACUGGCACCCGAUCGAUCACAUAUCGUUCAUCGAAAACUUAUCUUUACGUCCAUUAGAUUCUUCGUCACAGAUCAAAGCCGACAACGCAAAAUUAUACGACACCGUGAUAUUCGAAGGAUCUCCGAAGAUAAAACAACGUUUGUGGCCAAAGCACUGUGUCCAAGACUCGUGGGGUGCUCAACUCUAUAAAGACCUGAAGGUAGUGGACAACGCAGUAAAAAUAUACAAAGGAACGAUAUCAGACGUGGAUUCGUAUUCGGUGUUUUGGGAUAACAAAAAAUUGACUCAGACCACAUUAGGCACACAGUUAGCUCAGUUGAAUGCAACCGACAUUUAUGUGUGCGGGUUGGCGUACGACGUUUGCGUCGGCGCGACUGUAGCGGAUGCGUUGUCUAUCGGAUACCGAACGAUAUUGAUCGAUGACUGUUGCCGCGGCGUCGAUUUGAACGACAUUGAAAAAACCAAAAACAAUGUUGUCAAAAAUCACGGUGUCAUUGUUCAAUCACACGAGAUAAAAACAAUGGUCGAAGGACGCGACAGGAGGCCUGAGCUGGGCUAUAAAUUGGCACUUGAAAUCGAAAAGUCUAUGGAAAAAGAUAAUUACAAAUAGGAACUAUUUUAUGUGUAAUUAUAAAAUUAAAAUUUUAGUAAAACAA